GUGAAUCGAUAUAUUUUGCAUAAACAAAACGGUUGACAAGAUAAAAAAAAUCUUCACGGACAUGAUAUAAAAAUGUAGCAUAUGCAAGGGAAGCAAUUUUGCCAUGGAAUAUACAGCCCGCCGCCACUUUAGACUUCGCAUGGAAAUCGAAGUGGCAAGACUCUGUCCAUUCCCUUUCCUGCACUUUUGUCUUCUUUACCCAAAAAACUUGCCUUCGAUUUAGGGGUUCUGCUUGUGCUUCUGCAAAUGUCUGGUAUGUUGUCUAAUCUCUCUACCAAUUCGCUUCCUUUCGCUCAAAGUCUCUAUAGCUUAGAGCAGUAGGAGCGAUGAUUUUGCGUAUUCCAUGGAAGAAAGGGAAGACCCGUACCCGUAUUUCUCAAUUUGUGAAGGACCAAUUUCGCCGUAGAAAGAACGGCGCCGCGUCUCCGCUCGUCGUCGAGACCGGGUUCCCCACUUCCCUUGUCGAUCUCAUCGUUAAUCAUCACGAUAGAUUCAAGAUGCUGCCGUCUCCUUCACUCCGAUCCAAGAAAAAAAAUCCACCGCCACCACCGCCUCCUCAUCAGCCGCCUUCAGUCGACUAUUCCGUUUUCGUCUCUCCGCCCCAAUCGCCGCCUCCAACCUCGCCAAUUUUACCUGCAGUUCCCGAGCAAGAAAUCCAUGCUGAGAUUCAUAAAUGUGAAUCGAAUCCGAAUGGAGUGUUACGGGUUUCUCUAAAGGUUUUCUUCAUAGGUGUUUUAGCCAUAACCACGAAGAAAUUCACAUUAGGGCUCACUAUGUCGGCGUUCUUGCUGUUCUUUCUUGAGUACCUGGUUAAACACCUUCCUAGAUUCUUCAAACCAUGUUCUGAAUCGCGGGCAAGCUUAGGGAAAGAAGAUCUUGUUUCUCUGGUGCCGGAAAAUCUACUGAAGAUUCUUCCCACCGAUAAGAGUGAUGGAAAGAGUAGCAGCAUAGUUCAAGAAAUUGAAAUUGUUGAAAGGUCCUGUGACUGGAAAUUGGAAUGUGUAGGAGGAAGACUGGAGGAUAUUAUAGACAAAGAUGGAGGGGGCAGAUGUGUAAAGUCUCAAAGAUGUGUAAAGGCAGCCAAGUUUAAAUCCAAAAUGAAGAUACUCUUACCAAAGAAGUUUAGAAACUUAAGGAAAAAGUUAAAAGAUGGUAAAGAAAAGGAGGAAAUUGUUUAUAUAGGGGAGAUCGGUUUUGAACCUUGGGGCAAUAGUGACAUUGUCAAAAUGAAAGAUGGUUGCGACAACACAAGUGGCUCGCAAGAAUUGCUUCACAAUUCGGGCGAUUUGUGUGAUGGUUCAUCGCAAUUGCUCAAUGGUUCAGGCGAUUUGCUUGACAGUUCGGAAGAGAGUAUGGAAAUGGGCAAAGUUAACCGGAUAGAAAGGGAUAAGAAUCCUGGAUAUAUGGUUGUUUUAGUAAUUGUGCUUCUUGGUCUUGUGGGAGGUCGGGCUUUUGCACUUAUCUGUAUCUUGGCAUGGUGCUUCUUGUUGAGAGGAAGAGAAGCAUUAAGGAGAUUGUUGAAGGUGUUCAUAUUCAGCUCAAAUACCUAUUUCUCCAUGUUCAAAGUUUCAAUGUGUUAAUUUUCCUCCCACUCUCACAUUCUAGAGUUUAGCUGUAUUGUUUCUUAUGAAAUGCCGUGUAAAUUUAUUCAUA